AUGGUGAAAGGUUGUGUGGAAGCGGGGAAGGAAGUAAGGUUGAAUUGGAUAAAAGCGCACGUGGGGGUGGAGGGAAACGAGAGGGCGGACCAACUCGCAAAACAAGCGGCAGUCGGAGUAAAAACCAAACCUCAUUACGACAAAGUCCCUGUUUCAUUCGUCAAGCGACAACUCCGAUUGGACUCGCUUGACGAAUGGAACAGGCGCUACAAAGAGGGAGUCACGGCCUCGACAACGAGAGUCUUCUUCCCUGACGCCGUCAGCGCCUACCCAGUGCUCCGCAAGUUAGAGUUGGACCCCGUGCUGGUACAAGUUUUAACAGGUCACGGGGGGUUCGCAGAAUACUUACACAGGUUCAAGUGUAAGACGAGCCCCUCGUGCAUCUGCGAUCCGGCACGGGGCGAAUCCGUGCUGCAUGCCAUAGUAGAGUGUCCGGUGUUUGGUAGGAAGAGAGUAGAAUUUGAAACUGCAACAAAAGAGAAAAUAUCAUUAGAAAACAUAAACAAUUUAAUAAGAAACAAGGAGAGUAGAACAAAAUUUAUAGAAUAUUGUAAGGAAAUAGCAAAUAAGAUAAUAGAUAGAAAUAGAACACAAUAG